AUGCCCAGGGACCUUCAACGGCUUCUACAAAAAGCUGAGUCUCGUGGAUUUCCUGGAAUGAUUGGUAGUAUUGACUGCAUGCACUGGCAAUGGAAAAAUUGUCCAUCUGCUUGGCAAGGGGAUUAUGGGAAUCGGAAAGAGCAGAAAAGCAUCAUCCUCGAAGCAGUUGCUGGUUUUGAUACAUGGGUUUGGCACGCCUUCUUUGGAGUUGCCGGCUCUCAAAAUGAUUUGAACAUCUUGGGUCAAUCCCCGGUGUUCAAUGAUGUUCUGAGAGGUGAAGGCCCACCUAUCACAUAUCAAAUUAAUAAUACCGUCUACCAGAACGGGUAUUAUCUAGCUGAUGGUAUCUACCCGAUGUGGACAACAUUUGUGAAAUCAAUUCCACAUCCCCGAUCCCACAAGGAAAAUUUUUUUGCUGCCUAUCAAGAGGGGUACAGAAAAGAUGUGGAGAGGUGCUUUGGUAUCCUUCAAGCCCGGUGGGUAAUUAUCAGGGGAGCGGCACAUCUAUUUGAUGAAGAGGUGCUUAGGAGUAUAAUGAUGACUUGUAUCAUCCUCCACAAUAUGAUUGUGGAAGAUGAGUAUGAUUACGAUGCUGCUGAAGAUGAGUAUGAACCAGAUCCAAUGAACACCGCCUUAACACGAAUUUAUGAAAAACCUAUGGGGCCAAAUGGAGAACCAGUGCAACAUGAUCCGUUAGUUAGAGACGAUAGUUUCAUGCAUCGGAUGAUUGAGCGCUACACGGAGAUGCAAUCGUCAUAUAUUCAUGAACAUCAUCAAAUGGACUUGAUGGAGCAUUUGUGGGCGGUGAAAGGCAAUGAAGGACAAUAA